AUGGCUUUGUUGAUGUUGCGAGACGUGAGAGAUCCAACGAAGGCUGCAAGCAGCAACGACGACAAGUCAAAGGAGGACACAGCCUCAGAUCUGAACUCUCCUAACAUAAAUAGAAACAACAACAUCGACAGCAGCAAGCACAAUAAUCACAUCAUCGACAACAACAUCGAGGACGACGACGACAACAACGACAUUGACAAUUCGUUCGAUAACGAAGCAUGCACGCAUGUCUUGUGCAACAGUGACGAGUAUGUCGAACAGCCUCGCUGUCCCGUCGACUCGCGUAUGAUUCAACUGGAGGAGUCGAACAUCAUCGCGAAGAAAUGUUGCGGCGGCCAUCCCAGCAACGCCACAACCUGCGACUGCUUGCCAUGCCCUAACACCAAAACUCUCUGCAAGCCUCCGCAGUUCUUACAACUCUCACAAAACGUCACCAAGAAGCCUGGCACAUGUUGCGACAAAUACCACUGCGUUGAUAAAGAGACAUAUUGUUACGGCAUCCAAUGUAAUGACAACUCAACAUUCACGUGUCCAGACGACAGCGAACUCGUUCCAGUCGGAGAGUUUGACAUCUGUUGCAUGAAAAGCAUGGGAAAUUUCUCGCGAAAUAUUUUUUUCGAAUAUUCAACAUUGGCGAGCGUUUGUUGCGCUUCACAACAAUCAGAGAGAGAUGAGAACGAUGCCUGCCAGAUGAUUGGCACUACCGGCACAACUGCUGCUGCUGGAAGGGCUUCCUGGGGCCGUAUGUUUGGAAAUUAUUUGAAUGGGGUCAUGGGGUGGAACUACGCUGAAAUUAUCUCAGGAGUUAUUAUUUAUUUGCCUCGAGUUGGCUUCACCGUUUCAUCUGGUUCAUCGUUUUUCCAAAACUGUUAA